CCGGAAACCCGCGGCCCCGUGACUGCGCAGCGCUGAGCGGAGCCGCCACCGGCCCGGGCCCGGUCGGCAUUCGUCGCCGCGGCAGGAUGAAGCUGCGGCAGGUCUCCGACUUGAGUGACUUCAGCCGAGGCCACUGGCUGCGGGAGUUGCUGUGCCGCAGAGGAGAGCCCAACCACGUCCAGUCCAGCCCCGACGGGCAGCAUCUGCUGCUCCUGCAGAAGAGCCGGCCGCCCACCCUGCCGCGGGUGGUGGCCUUCCAGCGCCACAGCAUCGCCGGAGCCGACCUGGAGAGGAGCUGGCAGCCGCCCCAGCCGGCCCUUGUGGGACUGCUCUUCCUGCAGAGCCCUCUGGUACCGGGCUCCUGGGUACUGGCCGUGGUGUGGGAGCAUGGCCGGACCGAGGUCUGGCACUUUGUGGCGGCCGUGGGCUGGCAGCUGCUGCAGACGCUGGAGCUGUGCCAGGGUGCCCGGGCACGAGUCGUCUCCGUGUGCAGCCAGGGAGCCAGCCUGGUGUGGUGUGAGGAGAGGCCGCCGCUGGGUGCUCACUCGGACAUGAGCAAGUGUGCCUUCAGGUUCUGUGUCUGUGCCCGAGCUCUGGAGGUGGGGGAGCAAGGCGUGCGGCUGGGCGCUGUGAGGAUAGUCCUGCACAACAGCCCCGAGUACCAGGUGCUGGCCUCUCCCCAGCACGUCUUCCUCGUGCCUGUUGCUACCGGCUUUGCCACCACUUCCAAAUUCCUCCUCAUCUGGCAUCCGGAGAAGGCAGAGUUCACCAUCACAGCCCCCUCUGCAGGCUUCGUCUGCAGCAAAGUGCUGCGCUCCAGCAGCGAGUCAGACUUUAGGAAGCUUCUGCUGGGGUUUGUGGGCCUUCUCUCAGGUUUUGCACCUCUGGACAUUCAUACCUCCGCUGUGUCCAGCAGUGGGGGUCUGCUGCUGGUGAGCACAGAGGGUUCUGUGUGUAUUGUGGAGCCAGAUGGGACACAGAGGCAUAUCUUUGACCUGGAGGGUGGCCCCCUGGCCCAGGGGAGUCCUGUCCAGCUGAAGACCUUUGGCAGCAUCUUGGCCUGUGUGCUGGCUGGAGUACUGUACCUUGUUGACCAGAACAACGGAAGGCUUAUAGAAAAGGAAGUCCUGAGCAUGAAAGAGGUGCAUUUACUGGAGUCCCAGGGAGAGGAGGACAGUAUCCAGCUGCUCAGUCAGACUGGCAUCUACAGCUUUAGCCUUUCCAAACCUGAGGAUAGCAGCAGGCCUGAGCCAUGCCUGGUGGAGAUGGUGUUUGAGGAGGCCUGCAGAUAUUACCAGAGGAGGAGCCUCAGCAGCUCCAAGCUGACGGUGGAGAAGUUGAAGAAAGGUGGUACGUUCCAGGCUCCUGUGGUCCUUGCUGCCAUCUUGCAGCACAGCCUCCAUCAGAAGCAGAAGCCAGCCCGAGGCCUACAAGACACUUACGCCAAGCUGUUGAGCACAAUGAGCCUGGAGCUGCAGAGCUACAUGAGCCUGGAGCUCCUCAAGGCUUGCGUGGUGUGUGCCCCAGAGAGUGAGGUAGAAAGCUACUGCAAUGAGCUGGUGGAGCAGGAGGUCAGCCGCAUUCUGCAGUCUGACAUGGACAAGGACAACUUGGCCUAUCUGAACUCUGUCUUUGCCGCCUUCCCCAAGGCUGCCUGGAAGGCCAUAAGGAGCUGCCUGCAGCUGCAGCAGAAUGGGGAUGGCCUCUUGGUAGCCAGGGCCACCCCAGAGAUAUGGAAGAAGGUCCUGUGUCAGCCGCAGCUGGAGGAGGUGGGUCAGAACGGGAUGGCCCCUCUCUUUGAGCUCAUUUGUGCCUCCUUCCUGAGGUUCAAACCCAAGUGGUUGCCCAGCUUUGUGGAGCUGACCCAGCAGUACGUUAGCAGCUCUUGGCCGUUCAGCAGCAAGGAGGGCCCAGAGGGCGGGGUGCCACUGUACAAGAGAGCACUGGGAGUGCUGGCCCGAAAGAACAAACAUGGCGAGGCAGAUGACGAGAUGGAGCUGGAACUGCUGCUCUGCAGCAAGAGGCCUAAGGCCGUGCUGCAAGCUCUGCACCUUCUCAUCCGUCUGAAGCAGUGGCAGAGGGUGGUGGAGGUGGCAGAGAAGUUCUCCAAACUCAGCCCCUUGCUUAACAAGGAAAUUUUCAUCACACUGCUGGCUGAGUUUGCCCAGCACCGAGAGCUGGACCCUUACCUGGACAGGCUGUGGCCGCUGUGCCCUGCUGAGCUCUCCGCCUCAGACAUCCUCACCACGGUCCUGCAGCACCUCCCUCAUUCCCAGGAGGACCCAGUGCCUUUUUCCAGCGAGGGGAACCAGCUGACUGUGGGCUUGCUUAAGCCACUGCUGCAAAGGGUUCUGCAGCGUCCCAGUGUCCAGGACGAGAUGUACUCAGACGCCCUGCAGAGCACCACCUUCCCCCCUCCCACCCCGCCCCGAGAGCACAAAAUCCCCUCAAAAGCAGUGGCAGAUGAUGUUCCUCAGCCAUCCAUGGCAAGGACUUCCUCGCCCUCAGCACUGCUACAGGAUGACAGUGUGUGAAGGGGGGAAGAACAGUGUCAUCCCAAGCCCUGGGUGCACAAGGAAGGGAAAUCCUACCUGUGCUGGCAGUGUGGAAGCCUGCUCCUUUCUGAAGCAUCCCUGCAGCAGCAUCUCAAAGAGCCUGUUGGGUGGCUGGGGUUGGGGGUUCUCCUCUGAGCCAGGGCAGGCUUUCUGGUUAUUCCUAUCAAGUGCAAUUUUGUGUGUGCCAGUGGAGGAGCAAAUGCCAGGUGCAUUUGCAGAUGAAAACGCUGGCUGCACUACAGGACUACAGAACUGCUCCAUGCCCAAAGCACUUUGUUUUCGGUUUAUUUAGCUUCUUUUUAACUCCACUUCUACUUCCCUGAUCCUCUAGUACUGGUGGUGGAGUGGUAGGCAGGGAUACACAGUCUUUCCCCCCCCGUUCUCUGCUCAGUGAGUUGGGUGGUACCUCCAAUCUCUGCCUGUGAGAAAUGGGGCAUGUCUCUUGCAGCUGGGUCACUGAGUCCUGCUGCUUUGGGCUCAGUCAGAUGCUAAAUGCCAGUGUGGCCCAGCUCCGUGGCACUGGGGGUCCCAGCACACACCGGCAGUUGCAGCACUCCACGCAUUGUCUCGCCACAAUUCCUCUGGGAUCAUCCUGUAGCUGUGACUGAUUGCAGCUACUUAGCUGAAAAGAGCAGCCUAAUUCCCUUAUCUCUCUAUCCCAGACAGUACCCAAACUCUCAUUUGAUCUGAGAAGCUUGCAGCAGCCUGUGUCAGCUUGGGGCUGGCCCUGCCUUUCUUUUGUGGAAGCUUAGAUUAUGCUGCAGGACACCCGAGCCCUCUGUUCCCAUCUCCUGUACCUUUGCCCUUUGCAUACAAAGGGGCUUUGUCAGGGUUGUCUGGCUCAUAUUGUGCCUCUGUUUGCAAAAUCAAUGUAACUUGAGAGCAGUUUGUGCAGGAAGAUCCAGGUUCCAGCCUCUCUCAGGUACCUGGCCCCCUCCACCAGGAGGGAGACCCUGGCUGUGGCUUUGCCCCUGCAUUCUGUGGUGUAAAGGAGCUGUCUGUUGCUUUGUUGGGCUGCAGGAGAUUCACCUGCAUUAAUCCUCUUGAGAGUGGUCUUAAGUGUGGAAGACAGACUCCUUUUGAAAAUAAAGGUUUCUAAAGCACUGCUGAGGUGGUGGUGGUGGAUGUUACGAGGGCACACACCCUCAGGAGGAGGGCAAUCUUGGUUUGCCUCUGGUGAAAAGGGGCCAGGCUCAUCUCUCUGGUGCUGCCCAGCAUGGCUCACGACUGGUACAGCUGGGCUCAGAGAGCAUGCCCAGAUAAGCCUGGGCAUUUUCAUUCCCUCUGUGGUACUCAGCUGCUUACCACUGUGAAGCCAUGGAGGCAGGAGUCUGCACAGGCAGGCUGGAGCGUGAGUGCUACAGUGAAGGGCCUUCCAAGCCAUGCAUGGCUGUGGCUCAGCCCAACAGAGAGCUGAGGAAGGGAGGAUUUUUUUUCUCGAGAGCUUCAAAUUGUCUAUUUUUUAGGAAAAGUAGCAACAGAGAGCACCUGGCUGGCCCAGCAAAAUCCUGCUGCCAGGCACAGUGCCAGAGCUGCCGUUGGAGAGAUUAUUGUUUGGGAAACCACUGUAAAGCUGUGGCAGGAUCUCCCCCAGAGAAGGGCUUGGCUGCGGAAAGUCCCUGUGGUGGAACAAGGCCUGGCAAAGAGGAAGAGGAACCACUGCAAUGGUUCCCUAGAGACUGGCUGGUUAUUGAUGAGACCUUCCUUGGUGGGGGGCCUUGUGCUGUGGCCACGGGCACUGAGAGUUUCCCUCUCACUCUGGCAGCUGCCACGCACGUGAGCGGAGGGAGCAUGGUCUGAAAGGAGAGCCGGUGGCAUCCACCAUGGGCAUUUUGUAA